AUGUUUCUCGAACCAUUCCCCAACAACGUGUGCAGUGUGGCAGGGAGCGUUAUCCUGCUGAAGGAGGCCUUCAUGCUUCACGAAGGGGCUAAAGCAACGACCAUCAAAGAGGCACUGAUCAAAUGGGAGGAGAAGGCAGGGGAGAAGGCCAGUGACGCCAAAGCAGUAAAGCUUUAUGGCCAAAUUCCUCCCAUCGAGAAGAUGGAUGCCUCUCUCUCAACACUCAUUAACUGCGAGAGGCUGUCUCUGUCCACAAACUGCAUCGAGAAAAUAGCCAACCUCAAUGGCCUGAAGAACUUGAGGAUAUUGUCUCUAGGAAGAAACAACAUCAAGAACCUUAAUGGACUGGAGGCAGUAGGAGACACAUUAGAGGAGUUAUGGAUCUCGUAUAACCUGAUAGAGAAACUGAGGGGAAUCGGUGCCAUGAAGAAUCUUAAAGUCCUCUACAUGUCCAAUAACCUGGUCAAAGAAUGGGUGGAGUUUGCGAAGCUUGCUGACCUGCCCUGCCUCGUGGACUUGGUGUUUGUCGGAAACCCUUUGGAGGAGAAGCACACAGCUGAGGGAACCUGGAUGGAUGAAGCGUCUAAGAGGCUACCCAAGCUAAAAAAACUAGACGGAACGCCAGUCAUCAAGCAGGAUGACGAGGAGGGAGAAGGAGACAGCUGA